AUGGCCCUCGACUCCCGCUCUGCCUACUCACUCUCCGUCCUCCCUGCACACAAUGACCAACAGGGCGAACCGCGCAGCGAACUGCAACAAAAGCUCAGGGAUUUCAUCCUCGCAUUCCAACUCGACGGCGUCUACAUCUACCGGGACCAGCUGCGACAAAACGCCCUGGUAAAGCAGUAUUACUGCGACGUCGACCUUGCCCACCUGAUCUCCUACAAUGAAGAGCUUGCACACCGGCUCACGAGGGAGCCCGCGGAUGUGAUACCGCUGUUCGAAGCGGCCUUGAAACAAUGUACACAGCGGAUCGUGUUCCCGCACGACCGCGACGUCCAGCUCCCACAACAUCAGCUCCUGCUGCACUCGAGCGUCGCGCACAUCUCGAUCCGCGAUCUGACGGCCGCGAACGUCUCGCACCUCGUCCGCAUCCCGGGCAUCAUCAUUGGCGCAUCCACGCUAUCCUCAAAGGCCACGCUUGUGACGAUCCAAUGCCGCGGCUGCGAACACACGCAGCAGCUCCAUGUCGAGGGUGGCUUCUCAGGCAUCACUCUCCCGCGCCAGUGCGCCCGGACAAAGGUUCCCGGCCAGGAGUCGGGAGACCCGUGUCCCUUGGACCCCUAUUUUGUGGUCCACGAAUCCUCACAAUUUAUCGACCAGCAGAUCAUAAAGUUACAGGAAGCGCCGGAUCAAGUGCCCGUGGGAGAAUUGCCACGCCAUAUCGCCGUCUCCGCGGACCGGUACCUGACGAAUCGAGUCGUGCCGGGGUCGAGAUGUACAGUGAUGGGCGUGUUUUCAAUCUAUCAACAGAAUAAAGGGACAAAGAAGGAUAGUGCGGUUGCAUUGAGACAGCCGUACUUGCGAGCAGUGGGCAUUCAAACUGACGUGGACCACUCCGCCACAGGAGCCUCAUUUUCAGACGAGGAAGUGCAAGAGUUCGAGGAAAUGUCGAGACUACCCGAUCUCUACGAGCGAUUCGCGCGCUGUAUUGCUCCUUCGAUCUAUGGGAACAUGGACAUCAAGAAAGCCAUAGCAUGUCUGUUGAUGGGCGGCUCGAAAAAGAUUCUCCCCGACGGCAUGAAACUGAGAGGCGACAUCAAUGUCCUCCUUCUGGGCGACCCAGGUACGGCCAAGUCUCAACUUCUGAAAUUUGUCGAAAAGGUGUCACCCAUAGCCAUUUACACUUCUGGAAAGGGCUCGUCGGCAGCUGGUCUGACCGCCUCGGUCCAACGAGACACACAAACCCGAGAAUUUUACCUGGAAGGGGGAGCCAUGGUCCUUGCGGAUGGUGGCGUGGUCUGUAUCGACGAGUUUGACAAGAUGCGUGACGAAGAUCGGGUGGCAAUCCACGAGGCAAUGGAACAGCAAACAAUCUCCAUCGCGAAGGCGGGCAUCACCACCAUCCUCAACGCCCGGACAUCCGUCCUUGCGGCUGCAAAUCCCAUCUUUGGGCGCUACGACGACCUCAAAUCUCCAGGAGAGAACAUUGACUUCCAAACCACCAUUUUGUCUCGUUUCGACAUGAUCUUCAUCGUGAGAGAUGACCACGAUAGAACCCGCGAUGAAAAUAUUGCAAAGCACGUCAUGGGCAUCCACAUGGGCAACCAGGGCGUCGAAGAGCAGGCCGAAGUCGAAAUUCCCGUGGAGAAGAUGAAGCGUUACAUCAGCUUCUGCAAGUCCCGUUGUGCCCCUAGAUUGUCGCCGGGCGCGGCAGAAAAGCUCUCGUCGCAUUUCGUGUCGAUACGGGCUCGUGUAGCUCAAGCUGAGGCCAACAGCAAUGUCCGAUCUUCCAUUCCUAUCACAGUCCGUCAACUUGAGGCCAUCAUCCGCAUCACAGAAUCACUCGCGAAGCUCACAUUAUCAGCCGUGGCAGAGGAACACCACGUCGACGAGGCUAUCCGUCUCUUCCUCGCCAGCACCAUGGACGCAGUGUCUCAGGGAGAAGGCGCCGGUGGAAUGAGCGGCAAUAGGGAGUUGAUGGAGGAAGUGAGCAAGGUGGAAGAAGAGCUUCGACGGCGGCUGCCGAUCGGUUGGAGCACGAGUCUCGCGACCCUGAAGCGGGAAUUCGUUCAAGGGCGAGGAUACAGUGAAGCUGCGUUGGCCCGCGCGCUGCAUGUUCUGCAAAGAAGAGAGACGGUACGGCUGAGAAAUGGUGGAAGUCAGGUAUAUCGAAGUGGAGUCUGA